AUGAGUGGUGAGGAGGAGUACUACCGCCGUCUGCUAGAGGAGCAGAUGACGGCGCGGGAGGAGGAAAUGAGGGUGCUCGAGGAAAUGAGCGCAGAGGCGGGAUUUCGACCGAGACAGUCCUUGCAAAGGACUCCACCGAGUCACUUCCGUCACUCGUCGUCUGAUCAGGACCAGCAACCUACUGCUGCCACUGCCUCUGGUAAGAGGCCUCUGGCGUCUCCCCAGGAGGUGCAAGAGGCUAUCAGGAGAAGAAUACAGGCGGCGCGCAGACCGGCAGCUCCGCCUGUUGGAGGUAUUUUGUCUGCCCCAAUCCCGACCCGACCUACGUCACCGGAAUGCUCGCCCCAGCCUAGGAUGCUGGCUGGCGCGGAGAGGACUGUGCAGGGGGCUACGCAAAGGACUGCCGUUACUGAACAGGGCCCAGUGGAUGUGGACCUGGCGGACGCUCCGGCUCAGAGGCUGGCGGGGAUGGCAACGGCGGCGACAAAAGGGAUCAUGGAAGCGGUCAGGUCGAAAACAUCGCGUCUCAACAAGGAUGAGGUGGCAGCGAUCGGGGCCCACACCGAGCGCCUCAGCGCUGUGAUUGCGCAUCUGGCCAUCAGACUGGCUGCGGCGAAGGCGGCCUCGAGCAGCACCGUGGGAUCACUGCAGACACGGACUAGCGGGAGCGACGCUAAGGGAACAGGGGUCGUGUCUUACAGCGACGCCCUUAAACUAAGGAAGGGAGCUGUUCCGAUGCCGAUCCCUAAGCGGCUGGGUCCGGCGGUGGUCAUCUACCCGUCAGAGGAGACCCGGGAGGAAGUAAAAACCGCCGAGGACACUAAGAGGCUGCUCAGAUCAGCUGUGGACCCCUCAAAGUUGGGUGUGCAGAUUGAGGGAGUUAGAAAGGUCGGAAACGCAGGUGUGCUCGUCCAGACCACGUCCAGAGAGGAGGCGGAGGUCCUCAAAAAGGCAAUGCCGAAAUCUCUGCGUGUGGGCGAGCCUAGGGAGAGGAGGCCACUGGUGGCGCUCUCCGGAAUGGAGACGGGGCUGCCAUUUGAUGCAGUUCUGACCAAAAUAAAGGAACAGAACUUGGAGGAAGAUGGCCAAUGGCCACUUGAGAAACUAAAAACUGACAUGAAGCUGCUGUUUACCCGGAAGCGAGGCAACCGUACCGGCUCGUCACUGGCCACCAGGGAGCUGCCACGGGUUGCGCGCGACCAUGGCCUUGACGUGGUCCUCGUCCAGGAGCCUUACACCGGGGUGCGAGGGGAGGUCGACAAUGCGGUUAUCAUUGUCGCAGCAGGAGGAACAUCUAAGGCAGGCAUCUACAUACCGGCACUGGACGUGAGAUGCGCAUACCUGGAGGCGCUGUGCACCAGCCACUGCGUGGUGUGCCACAUGGCUUGUGGCCGCAGGGAGGGUGAGAGGGUACUGGAUGUGCUGCGCGGUGAAGCAGUACUGAUAUGCGUAGACACCAAUGCUCACUCACCAAUGUGGCACUCCGACCAGCGGCACCCGUCAGGAAGAGGGCGGGAGGCCCGUCGGCGACGCGAGGAAAUGGAGGCGCUGAUCCUGAGCCGAGACCUCCUAGUACAUAAUAGGGCAGGACAGCCGCACACGUUCUCCUCUGAGAAUGGGGAGUCUAACAUCGAUGUCACCAUCUCGACGCGGGGCGUGAGGACGGAGGACUGGAAAGUGAUAGAGGACGCAAUCGAGUCCGAUCACCGCCUAAUUCGUUUCGAGUUGCCUGGAAGACGUGUAGGGGGGCCUACCCCUAUUGCGGAACCGCUGGCCGGAACCCCGGUGAGGUACCGGGAGCGUGGGGUGGACUGGGACCGAUUUCGGAACAUGAUCAGUCAUCAUGCAGGUCGAGUAGACUGGGGUAAGCCGGCGGAGGUAAUCUCGAGACGCUUCACCGAUAUGGUGGUGCGAGCAGCAGUCGAGUGUUUAGGCGUGCGCGGGGAGGGCAAUACUACAAGGGGUUAUGAACGGUGGUCUCCAGCUCUGGAGGCCCUACGCAGGGAGGGCGCCGUAAUCUCGUUGGUGACAUUAACCAACAAGUGUGUGCGUUUCACCGGCAGAGGGCGCGCGUGUUGCGUGUGCGCCUAUAUAUACUACCUGGAGCGGUAG